AUGUCGAGAUCCAGACCUUUUAGUUUCAUUUCAGUGAUCUGCAAAACAGGACCCCUGUGUUUGCCACUAUUCCAGUUGGUGCUCUCGGAUCUACCAUGUGAAGAAACUGAAAUGUGCGUAAACUAUAAAGAUCAAUACCCAAAUGACUGGCAUAUCUGGUUCUUGCUGCUGAUUUUCCUGGUAGCUUUGCUCUGUGGAGCAGUGCUUUUCUGCCUCCAGAGGUGUCUGAGGAGAUCCCAGACUGGUUGCCCAAGACAUACUAUGGCUGUUUUUGCUGUUGGAGACUUAGACCCUGUUUAUGAGACAGAAGCUGCUGUGAAUCCAACUGUUGGAAUUCACCUUCAAACUCAUAACCUUGAACUAUAUCCUAUUCCAUGUUUCGGCACUUUAGGCUCUCCACCUCCAUAUGAAGAAAUUCUGAAAUCGAGCCAAUUUUAG